GACCAAGCUGCAAGUGCCCAAAGACGACCCUGUUCUUGCCCUUUUCCAGGCAGCCCGCAGGGACUCACCGUUUCCUGCUCGGUAGCAGAUGAUCUCGCCUGGAUUGGAAUCAUUCUUCACUCAGUCUGGGAGGCCACGACAUUCACGACCCCAGGAGCAAGCUACCCGUCGCGAGACAUCCCGCCAAGCUUUCUUGGAAUCCCACGCGAAUGAAGCUUAGCUCGAGGAGCUCCGUCAUCAGUCUCACAUAAUUAGGACCCUACAACACACAGCGAGCAGCGUGUGUUUCCUGUUGUCACAAUGCACCAUCCGCCACUACUCCCGGCAAAUCUUCUCCAGCUCCUCCUCCUUGUCUCCAGCACAUCGCCGCUCCUUGUCCGUGGCAGCAGCGAUGUCCUCCCCACGGCCGUGCGCAAGAUGUCGCUCGACGAGGGCCAGAAGCUGAUGCCCGAGUACGUCGCCUUCGCCGUGCCGCGGCAGUAUCCUCUCGCAGAGGCAGCGCAGCUCGACGCGGGAUACCUCGGCUCCCGCGCCGCCACCUUUCCAGAGGACUCGUAUGCUGCCUUCCAGCCGCCGUGGAGCAUACAUCUUCUGUCGCGCAGCAGCAACAGCAACAGCAGUCCGCGAGACUCGAGAGCCGCGGCGGCCGAGAAGGCACAGAGAGAUGUGCUGCACCGGCUGCAGGGCAGGCAGUUCUCAUGCCCGGACAACACGGCGGCGUGCACGAAUAUCGGGCAGCCGGACUACUGCUGCGCGUCCGGGACGACGUGCUUCUCGGUCGAGGGCGCCCCGGCCGCUGGCAACGUCGGGUGCUGCCCAAACGGCCAGAACUGUGUCGGGAGUGUAGGCGACUGCGCGGGAGGGAGCACGGCGUGUGCUGCAGAGGUUGGCGGCGGGUGCUGUAUACCAGGCUAUGUCUGUGCCAACGUUGGCUGCAUUGGAUCGUGGGUCUCGCUCAUCACUCAGACGACCGUCACAUCGACUGUCGUCAACGAGCCAACACCAUCAACAGUCGUAACCACCAUUGUCGUGACCGUCACCCCGUCCAUCGAGCCGACCACAAGGACAGUGACGAGCACAAAGACGAACAACCCGCCAGAGCCCUCCACCACCACCCAGACCCAGACCGACGACGACCCCUCCACCUCCCCGACCGGAUCCUCGAGCCUGGGCAGCGCGAUUGCCCCGGUCCAGCCCACAGCGCCAGCAAACUACUGCCCGACAGGUUUUUAUGCCUGCCUAGCCGUCGGUGUCGGCGGGGGGUGCUGCCGCACCGGUCGCGACUGCGCGACGACAUCGUGCCCGCCGCCGCCAGCCAUGACGACAUACACAAACAACGGCGUCACGGUGGUGGUCCCGGUCACCGACGCCGAGGACGCCGCGAACGCACUGCCCACGAGCACCUGCGCCGGCGGGUGGUUCCUGUGCGGCAAGGACGCCGGGCCCAUCGCGGGCUGCUGUCCGAGCGGGUACCAGUGCGGCACGGCGAGCUGUACGCUAGUAUCAGGCACGCCGGUCGCGACGGUGAACAAGGAGCUGCCGAGCUCUGGCAACUCGUUGCGGGGCUCAUUGAGUGGUGCGGUGGCUGCAAUGUUGACUGCGGGUGUGCUUGGUGCCAUGCUAGUAUAUUGAAUUGGCCCUUGUGCAUGGCCAGAAGCAGUAAGGACGGGAGUUUGAACGAUUUCACGCGUAUAUAUAUCACGACGACACGAAAGACGACGAUCACGCAAUACCUCGAAGCCAUUUGCAGGUCCGCAAGUGCGAAGCCGCACUGAAUCAGAGCAGUCUUACUGAGCUUGACCAGGCGCUUCAUCUUCAGCAUGGAUCGUGCGCAUAUAGUCUUGUUUUUCUAGCACUUACUCCAGGACAUACAUGACCGCCUUCUUGGAUUAUAUCUAUGGACCGCCAUAUUAUAGAUUUGAAUAUAGACAAAGAAUACAUAUCGCAGGACCGCAAUCCGACAGAUCUGGGUUGAGCUUGAAAUAUCAUAG